AUGGAGCAUACAGAAUCUCUGGCUCUGCUUAUGCUUUAUAAGAAAGCUUCCUUCAUCGUCGCACCAGUUAAUGAGAAAGUCAAAUUCAUAUUGAUUAGACAUUUUAAAUUCCUCCUUUCAUAUGCUGGAGAUUAUGAAAAGGGAGAUUUGGUUGGAAAGAAAAAUAUGAGAUUCACGUUUUCUCAUCCAUCUCCGUUGGGGAAGAAGAAGUGCUUGGAUGAGUUUGGAUCGUGUCGGCCUAUCCAACAAAGUUUAAACUGUAGCAGAAACCAGGACCAUAUUGGAUUGUCAUGUAAUGAUUGA